AGAAGAAUAAAGGGAAACAUAUGUGUGUGUUUGUGUCAGUGUGUGUGUUUGUGUGUGUGUUUUUAACAUAAGUGUGAGUGUGUGUGACUGUAAUUGUGAGCUGGUGUGUUUAUGAUGAAGACUCCUGGAGCCGUGCUGCUGCUACUGCUGUGGCUGGUGGCGUGUGUGGGAGCGGCGGAUCAGUGUCUUCCACAGGUAACAGCAGAGCUGAGAGAAAUGAGCCGUCUACUGGAGCAGCAGAGAGUGGAGUUCACCAACGCCAAAGCAGCUCUGGAGAAGAAGAUACAGGAGACGCAGACUCAGAAAGACGCCCCUGUUGCCUUCUCCGCCUCGUUUGACAUGAGAGAGGACCUGCACAUCGGCCCCUUUAACCAAGACACCACCCUGGUCUUCAACUACACUUUCACCAACGUGGGCAACCACUACAACACAAGCACAGGUGUCUUCACGGCCCCCGUAUGCGGUGUCUACCAGUUCCACUACCAUGUGUUUGCGAGCGGUGUUAAGGGGACGGGAGCAAAUCUGGAGAGGAACGGGCACCACGUGGUGUCGGCCUACAACCAUUUGGCACCCGACGGGCACGACGUCAACACCUCCCAGACCGUGAGCAUCGAGCUGCGGGAGGGGGACAAGGUGUGCCUGCGUCUGGAGAGGGGCUGGUGGGUCGCAGCCUACACAGCACACCAAACCACCUUCAGCGGCCAGCUCCUUUUCGAAGCGAAGCAGCUUCCCUCUGGACUCCACCCACCACUAGACUGCGUGCAACCCCAAUAAAGGAGGUGGAGCUGGUCGAGGGCAUCCAUGGCCUAAUAGAUAGGGGGUUGGCUUUGUGAUCAGAGGGUUGCAGGUUUGAUUCUUGUGAUAUCCAUGGCUGCAGUGUGCUUUUGAGCAAUGUACCUAAUCUCAAAUUGCUCCAGGCACGGUAACCGACACACUGUGACUGUAAGCCGCAUUGGACAAAAAGCAUCCGCUACUGUAACAAUAACGCUACACUGGACGUUACGUUACUUAGUUACAAGUUACAAGUUGCGUCAAAUGCACGUUUUCCUCAACAAAAUAAAGUUCGGGAGAAGUGUAAUAAAAUUUGACAGGUCCAAAUCAACACCUGCACUCUCUUCCCUGCUCGUCUGUCAUUCGUUGAUAUUGGGCAUGAACAGACGGGCACGCCUUAUUAUUCACCUGAGUCUAAUUCUCCGUUCAGCCACCAUUCGACAGAAUUGCAGUGCAAUGACACCUUGCAUACCCGUCAAUGAUCAGCACCACAUUUAUUCCUUGCUCACCUGUUCCCAGGCAGAAAAUCGCUUUCUCGCUCGCAUCCCCCUCUAUCCGUCACCCCCUCUCUCUGUCACCUUGCUCAAUUCGUUCAGAGUUCUGCCCUUGCUCCUGCUCGGUUCUGCUCGCUCUCCCAACACCCCUGGUCAGGGGGUGUCAACUCAGAGUUUGCACAUAUCUGCUGGUGCAGGUACUGUCCGAGCUCUAAAUUGGAGCCCCGUUCUCCCGAGCCCGAGAAUCGCCACUCUCGAGCUCGGCAGUACUUCAGCACCAUGGCCAGCAACCUUGCCCAAAUACGCUACUUCGCAUUUUAAUCUUAGCUCCUUGAGUGCAGCGGUCGCGCGACCCUGUGAAUCACUUUUAUGAUCGGUCCGCCGCAUGGACAGCCAUUCUCCUGCAAGAACUGCAUAAUCACGAGAAGCCCGUUCUCCAGCGAGAAGGAAGAUGUAUGCAUACAUAGGCUACUGAAUUCUAAUUUCAGAAAGCGCACUAAUGAAAUACACAUAGAAAAUAAUGAGCUACAUUUUUUUACAUUAUUCACUGCACUGCCGUGUCUGGUGUAGCCAGUUCCAUUAGUGGGAAUCUAACUGUUACGGCAGAUAAGUAUUUGACAUAUCCAGUGUAGCCCCAGAGUAUGUGUGAUGUAAUGUAAUUAGAAGUAACACAACUGGAUUAGUCAGGUUGACCACACGCGCACACACACACCCUAGUCAUGCUACCUGGGCCAUGCCGGUUAGGAUGGUGCAGAGGAUGUGCACUUGCCAAUGUCUUACAAUUUGUAAUCUAAUAUUCUGAAUCAAUUCAAAAAUAAAAUUGUUAAUAAAAAAUAA